AUGUCCAACGAACUACCCACCAGCGCCACCAAUGGAAAUGGAAACAGACAUGGCAACAAUACCUCUUCUACCUUUGUCGUCAAGGCCGGCUUGGCGCGAAUGUUAAAAGGAGGUGUGAUUAUGGAUGUAGUUAAUGCCGAACAAGCCCGUAUCGCAGAAGAAGCAGGCGCAGUAGCAGUCAUGGCGCUCGAGCGAGUUCCCGCCGAUAUUCGUGCUCAGGGAGGUGUAGCCCGCAUGUCGGAUCCAAAGAUGAUUCGAGAGAUCAUGGACACGGUUACGAUACCUGUUAUGGCCAAGGCGAGAAUCGGUCAUUUUGUUGAAUGUCAGAUCCUCCAAUCAAUCGGCGUAGACUACAUCGACGAAUCUGAAGUGCUCACCCCCGCCGACGCCCUCCACCACGUCGAAAAACACCCCUUCACCAUCCCCUUCGUCUGCGGCUGCCGCAACCUCGGCGAAGCCCUCCGCCGCAUCUCCGAAGGCGCCGCCAUGAUCCGCACCAAAGGCGAAGCCGGCACCGGCGAUGUCAUCGAAGCCGUGCGUCACCAACGCCAAGUAACCUCGGAGAUCCGCGCCGCCUCACUCAUGUCCGACGAGGAGUUGCGCAUCCUCGCAAAAGAUAUCCAAGCUCCAUUCGAACUCCUCAAAGAAACUGCAAAGUUGGGCCGUCUCCCUGUGGUCAAUUUCGCAGCGGGUGGUAUUGCUACCCCCGCCGAUGCGGCCCUCAUGAUGCAAUUAGGUUGUGAUGGAGUUUUUGUCGGGAGCGGAAUUUUCAAGAGCGGAGAUGCGGCGAAGCGCGCCAGAGCAAUUGUGCAGGCGACGACGCAUUUUAAUGAUGCGAAGGUCUUAGCGGAGGUGAGUGAGGAUUUGGGAGAGGCAAUGGUGGGGUUGAAUUGUGGGACGAUGGAUCCCAAGGAGAAGAUGCAGGGAAGGGGAUGGUAG